AUGCAAACGGUACAGCACUCAGACCUAUCGAUUAACCUGUCCACGUUCUUUUUGAAGAACAUUGGCCUAUGGAUACCCGAGGAUUCGAUGGAAGAACGUCGGAUGAAAAUGAUGCUCUUCUUCACAGUAUUCAACUCGAUGAUCGGCGCAGUCGUCAUCUUCAGAGACUUGUAUUUCACUUUGUUGUACAAAGGCGUGAGUAUUGUUCAAUUGAAUAAUGAUGUUCUUUAUGUUAUUACUAACGUGUUAACCGUGGUAAUGGGUUUAAUCAAAAUGUAUACCAUACUGAUGCAUAAAAGCGAAUUCAUAAAUCUGAUCAUAUACAUGCAACAAAAUUUCUGGAUUGUCAAUUAUGACUUCCGUGAGAAAGAAAUUUUGGAUAAUUGCAGAAAGACUUGCACAUUUUUCAUUUCUUCUGUCACCACUAUUGGAGUAUGCGCUAUGCUGUCUUAUACAAUAACACCGAUCAUUGAUAUAUUUAGAAAAAAGACAAUUCGAACGUUUGUUGCAGCAAAUGUUGGAAAAAAUCAAUCGGAAAGGGUAUUACCGUUCAAUUUAUGGAUAAAUUUACCACUGUACAUAUCUCCUUACUAUGAGAUACUAUUUUUUUUCCAGAAUUGGCUAAUUUUAACAGUAGAUCUAAUUCGUUAUAACAAAGGCAAUAAUAAUCUCUACCUUGUGCAGGUAAUGAACUUGUAUUACGUAGCCAUUACAUAUUUCUGCUUCGACAAUAUUUUCUGCAUCCUAGUUGUACAUUUGGCUGGUCAGUUCCGCGUGCUUCGAUACAGGUUCACAAAGUUGUGUAACCUGGAACAUAAGAUACGCGAGGCGACGUUAAUCGACGUGUACGAAUUUUACGAGAAACUGAAAAUGUACAUUCGACAUCAUCAGACGUUGAUCAACUAUUACAAGAGGCUUGAAACCGUGUACACGAUGAUUAUAUUUGGCCAGGUGUUGGUGUUUAGCGUGUUAAUUUGCCUAUUUGCUUAUCAGGGGCUGUUGGUUGGUAUUUACACGCUAUCAUGGAACCCCAUUAUUAUUGAAAUUUUGUUAAAUACUUCGGAAUAUCUAGACUGA